AUGGAGACAUUCAUCCUAAUCCAGGCCCGUGUGAAAGACCAAAAUCCACGUCUCAACAUUUGGAGUCAACAGCAGGGGAACAUGCUUUGGAAAUUCAGCAGAAGACACCAAAAUACCAUGGUCUAUGACAAGACAAAUCGUGAUGCCAUCACCUUCAUUGAUAUCAUGUCGUCUGUGAAUCUAGUACAGCAUGUUGAAGGGUCUACCCAUCGGAGAGGACAUACUCUUGACAUCAUUGCUACACUUAAUCAAUAUCUAUAUAUAUAUGUACAUAUAUUAUUUCAUUUGUUAACACAAUAUAUCGGAUACUUGGUUAAAACAACAAAGCAAGUUCUUAUUCCUUGCAGGCAAGCUUCAUUAGCCUUAAUCUCAAAUGAAGAGAGUCUGAAUAUUCAAACAAUUCUUUUUUUAUCAAUCAUUUUUCUACAGUCCAUUAAAUUUCCCUGCACACAAGAAGAAGUGCGUGAUACCCAAAGACGUUUCUUCCUUCUGGCAAGCUUUCCCAACGUGGUUGGGGCUAUUGACGGUACUCAUGUUCGGAUCAAUGGAGUCCCCCUAGGAGCAGCCGAACAUCUCUUUGUAAACAGAAAGGGCUUCUACAGUAUAAAUGUCCAACUAACAUGCAAUGCCCGGUAUGAGAUAACGAGCAUUUCUGCUCGAUGGCCUGGAUCUACGCACGAUAGCAGGAUUUGCAGGACCAGCGUAAUUGCCCAGGCCUUCAGAGAAGGAGCACUAAAUGGAUUGUUGCUGGGGGACUCUGGCUACGGCCUCCAAUCAUGGCUAAUGACACCGGUUCCACUGCCAAGAACACGAGGAGAGAGAAGAUACAAUCAAGCUCACAGUUGCACCAGAGUUGUGAUAGAACAAGUCAACGGACAAUUGAAGUCUAAAUUCCGUUGCCUGAUUGGUGGAGGGCUCAACAUGAUUCCAGAACGAGCGAGCGAUGUGAUAACGGCAUGUGCCUGCCUUCAUAACAUAAGCAAGCAGAUGAAGCAGCCAGAGGUUGAACAGGAGAGGGUUGACGACGACGCUGGUGAUGAAGCCAACGACCUCAAUGAAGAGGGGGAUGCCAUGACAGGAAAACAAGUUAGAGAUGACAUCAUUCGUAGUUUUUUUGCAUAAAUCAACUGUCAGUUUGUCAUCCUUUAAAUUUACU